AUGAAUGGUGGGCUGUUCUUGCAGACGUAUUACUGGAUGACACAUACUGGACGAGAAGAGGUGGGACAAUCGCUUCCGCGGAACCGUUGGACGAUCCAUGGGCUUUGGAUCGAUUAUUGUGAUGGCUCAUAUCCAGAAUAUUGUGACAUCGCUAACAGACAGACCGAUCCCCUCCCAGGCCCUAAUACCACAACUGGCCAACCAGAUGGAGAGUCAAUUCCUCCUUACACGGGCGAGCCAUAUCUCACGCCGUUCGAAGCGACUGGACGUCUGGACCUUUUGGAGUAUUUGAACACCUAUAUGGUCGGCAGAGGUCAGGAUAGCUGGAUCCUCCACACUCAUGAACACUCAAAGCAUGCGACGUGCUUCUCUGUUUAUGAUCCGCAGUGCUAUGGACCAAAUUAUACCGGUCACGAGGACUACAUCGAGUACUUUGAGGACACUGUUCGUUUCGACCGACGUCUUCCAGUGUGGUCAUGGCUUGCACAAGAUGGGAUUGUGCCUUCGAACGAGACUCAGUAUACAAUUGGCGACCUUGAAGAUUCGCUGCGUGCACAGUACAGCGGGACUCCUUUCCUCGGUUGCAGUGGGCCAAGAUUUAACGAAACUGAGGCUGGGACCGGAUCGAACGAUAGCGGCCGUACGGUGCUUGAUGAAGUAUGGUUUUACUUUUAUUUGAAUGGAAGGCCACAGGAUGGAGAUUGGUUGCCUACUGAGCAAUUCCGCAAUACUAGCUGUGCGAAGGCUGAAAAUGCAGUGUGGUAUUAUGAGCGUACACCGGAAUCGGUUCGACGAAUGGGAGAGGAGA